GGGAUAGUCUGGUUUUCAAAACUGGCUACUUUUGGGGGGAGCUCGAGUUUACUUUCUUAGGUUUUGAGGGAUUGUGUGUGACUGCAGGAAAAAAAAUUGUUAUAAUUCCUACUUCUUUUAAACACCACAAAAUUACAGCAGGGUGUUGUAAGGGUGAAUUUGGUGAUUUGUGAGUGCUUUCUUCCUAUCAAGUGAGCAGGACAUACAAGCGUGCAUCUCAUCUGGCUGAAUAGAUGGUGCUCAUCACAGCAGCUCCCUUAAAUUCUGUUCUCUUGUGCCUUGGAAUUGUGUUUUCUUGGAGCAAGGCCAAGAAAAUACCCCCAGAUUUAAAGACUAUGCUUUCCAAGGGUGGAAUACGAUGCUAAAUCAACUGGUAGCCAUUAGCCAGUUAGGUGCUAAUGCAUUGUCAAGAGGUUCUUCUUUGUUUGGUUUUGUUUAAAAAAAGACACAAAAUGGGCUAGCUGUAGACAACAAAAUGCAACAGGCAGAUAAUAGUAGUGGCUGUGUUCUUCAUGGAAGAGCCCCCAGAAUGAAUAACAUACAGAAUGCAACUGAUAGGGGUAGGCUGGAGGAGGGAAGAGUUUUCAGUUUCCUUUUAUUUUGGCCAAGGUAAAUAAUCUGAUAACAGAAUGCCCUUUAAACUUGCAACUGAGGAGGUUCUGAGGGGAACAGUAUUCAGUUAAUUUAAAUUGUUCCAUAAGCUUGUUGCCUGGUUUCACUGUAAAAAGAUAUGUUGUCCUCUUUACUGGUGUAAAAUAUACCGAAUGGAAGUUGAAUUCUGCAAGUCUGGUGUUAGGGUAUUUGGAAAACUAAAAUGAAUGGAAGUGUUUUCAGUGAAAUAAGUUGUUAGAAAAUACUGCGGACACUAAGGCAUUUGUGAAUUCCUUUAAAAAUCCAGUUAAUUAUUUACAAAAGUAAUACUUCGUGGAGUUUUCACAAGUGGUGGAAACUGUUCAUGGAGACGGUAAUGAAGAUGAGAUUUAAAAGCUGUUUUUUCUUCCUAGUUAUGAUGUAUUCAGGCAAACUCUUUGCAGAAGAAAAACCUUGUGAUUUGCCACACAUAGAAAACGGAAAGAUUGCCCAGUACUAUUAUAAUUUCAAAAGUUACUAUUUCCCUAUGCGUAAGGAAAAAAAACUUUCCUAUUCUUGUAUGGUUGGUUAUACAACAGAAACUGGGACCCAAGAUGGAAGAAUAACUUGUACAGCAAAGGGAUGGUCUCCAGUGCCACGGUGCUACAAAAAAUGUAACAAGCCUCUUUUGGAAAAUGGUUUUUUUUAUGGUACAGAAAUGUACUUCAAAAUACACGACGAACUGCGAUACAAAUGCUAUCCAGGCUACCACACUCCAGGUGGUGGUACUGAAGCUACUGUACAAUGUCGACCAGAAGGAUGGUCCUCCCAGCCAAGCUGUGCUAAAACGUUUGAGUCAUGUCAAGUUCCCAAUUUGCAGCACGGCAGCUACUUCACAGCCCAACAAGAGCUUCGACUGAAUGAGAGGCUGCUAUAUAAAUGUGAUGAGGGGUAUCACACUGCAGGAGGAAACACUACAGAAGAAGCAGUGUGUCUAACAUAUGGGUGGUCCCUUACUCCAAACUGCACUAGAAUAACUUGCUCCUCUUUGAGUGCAAUAGCACAUGGAGGUUUCUAUCCUGUGAAGAAAAUCUAUGAAGAGGGAGACGUAGUUCACUUUUUCUGUGAGGAAAAUUAUUCUGUCAGUGAAUUUGACUUAAUUCAAUGUUAUUAUUUUGGAUGGUAUCCAGAGCCUCCGGUGUGUGAAGAUGUAAAAAAUAAAUGUCCUCCACCACCACUUCCUCCUCAUGCCCGUACCAUUGCAGUUAGAAGAACAUAUCGUAAUGGAGACAAAGUUACUAUACAGUGUCAAAGGACCUUUAAAAUAAGAGGAUCUGAGGAAAUCCAGUGUGAAAAAGGAAAAUGGACAUCACCCCCUAUUUGUAUUGUUAUAGGAAUGAUGGAUAAGUGGGCAUCUGAGGCACCACCAUCAAUUGAGGCAGAUGCAGAAAUGAGAGCAAACAAAACAUAUCGCAAUGAAGAUACAGAAAUGCAGCAAGACUGUACCUCUCCACCUGGGAUUAAAAAUGGUGGUGUACUCGGUCCGUUACUGACAAGUUACAAAAAUGGUUCCUCAGUAGAAUAUGUUUGUCAGCAUUUGCAUUUUUUGGAUGGACCUAGUACUGUUUACUGUGAGCAAGGAAACUGGACGGAACCACCAGCUUGCUUGGAACCGUGCAGUCUUAACGUAACUGAUAUGAACAGCAACAAUAUAGAAUUGAAAUGGAGACAGGAAGAAUUAAUUUUCCUACAUGGCGAUCUCAUAGAGUUUGAAUGUAAACAGGGAUACAGUUUUCUCCAGACUACCAUUCCCUCUCCUGGACGGACACAGUGUAACCAUGGCAGACUAAAAUACCCAAAAUGCAUUAUGCAAGCUCCUACAGAAAAAUGUGACUCUCCCCCUUCUAUUGUGAACGGAGCUCUUACUCGCCCACCUCUGACCCAGUACGACAAUGGUUCUUCAGUUCAGUAUAGUUGCUCUGACUAUCACUUUUUGGAAGGAUCUGAGAGAAUCUACUGUUCUGAAGGACAGUGGACUUCACCACCAGUUUGUAUAGAGCCAUGUACGUUGUCAAAAAAUGAAAUGGAGAAAAAUAAUGUGCUGCUGCAAGAGUUCUAUAAGAAUCAAGUUUAUUUUUAUCAUGGAGAUUAUGUUGGAUUUUACUGUAAGCAGAACCAUUUUGGAGCAGAAUCUGGUACAACUUUAUUUCAAGUGCAGUGUAAGAGAGGACAGCUGACAUAUCCGAGGUGUAUUGAAAGAGCAAAAUAAGUAUGGACUUUAGGAAAGCCUAUAGGAAAGGUAUGUACACGUUCUCAAUCUAGUAUUAACAGCUGAAUUAAGACAGCCUUGUAUUUUCAAGACCACUACAGUCAGCUUUGAGAAAUGAGUGUUCAGUGGCAUUGUUGGGUCUGAGCUGAAGGGGGAGGGAAGUGAAAGUUCUUUGUGGUAUGAGGACUGGGAAUGCAGCAGAAGGAUGUGAUAUUGGCAUACGGGUGGAAAAAUUAGGAUGAAAUAACUUUGUAAGGUUUACAGUGAUAAACUUGAGAUGCAUCACAAUCUGGAGGACUUGAACAAAGCACCACAAGGAGAAGCUGCUGAGCAAGUAAUGACCUUUGUGAGGAUAUUUGUGAUUUUGAUACUAUGAGUGCUUUAGUGACUACAGAAUAUAGCUAAAUUGCGAUUUAAUUUCAUGCCCUUCAAAUGGAUGUUAAACUCCUAAUUUUACAGUGGGAAAGGAGAGGCCUAUUAUUUUGUACAUCUUAACAGCACUCGUGUCUCCUUUUGCAGAUAAGAAGCCUCUAUAGGACAAGGCUUUGAAAGAAAAAAAGCAUGUAAAAAAAAAAAAGUUUAAGGGAUUGGUGAAAACAUUUAAAAUUGAAAAAUAUGCAAAAUCUACUGAGUAGGUUUUUAUUAUUAGAAGAAAAAUAUUCAAGAAAACAUCUUUUGCUAAUUGAGAACACUGAAAUUAUUAAAAUAUCUAGUCCAGCUACUGUGGAUGAUUUCCUAUGACACUUAAACAUUGGUACUUUUGGAGCUCUGUCUGUGAACGUGUGUGACUGAAGAUAUGAAGAUAAUCCAGGAAAAUGGACAGUUUGCCUUGCAUCCAUGUUAGUAUAUUUUAAUAAAAAAAUCACUAUAAGGAUUUCUUCUGUAUUUUAUGUCUAAAUCACAUCUUUCUGUGAUAUUGUUGCAUGUACUGUGUUCUGUAUGGUUUUCCAAGGCUUUGGUGAGUGCUACAUGAAUAAAUAAAAAAAGAAAUUAAAGCAUUAAA